AUGUAUCUACUAGCGAUUAUCUCGGUGUUAGUCCUACCGGUUCAAUGUGUUUUUCGUAACGCAAUUGUCCAUUUUGAUCUCAAAGGCGCGCCUCCAAGAGUGUCAUACUUCAAACAACUUCUAACAACUGUCGGAAAUCUAGGAGCCACCGGCGUAUUAAUCGAGUGGGAGGACAUGUUCCCGUUUAAAGGAGAACUAUCACGAGUUGUCAACGGGAACGCGUAUAGUGAAGAAGACGUUAUCGAUAUUUUACAACAUGCUUCCCUACUUGGUCUCGAUGUUAUUCCGUUAGUUCAAACAUUGGCUCAUAUGGAGUGGAUACUUAAAACCGACGAGUAUUCUCAAUUGCGAGAAGACCAAAACUAUCCUAUGGUCGCUUGUAUCGGUGAUCAAAGAGCUGGAAAGUUAAUAUUGGAUGCUGUCACUCAAAUUGUUUCAAUGCAUGCUAAAUUCUCCACCAAAUAUGUCCAUAUUGGAGCUGAUGAGGCAUUCCAGAUCGGAAUCUGUGAUGCCGACAAGGAAAUUCUGCCAAUCAAAUAUGGAAACGACACACUUCGCAUGAUUUUUGACCAUUUAAGCACUAUUGCUGAUAAUGUUACACGCGAAUACCCCGGUGUUAAGGUGCUCAUGUGGUAUGACGAGCUGCAAAACGCACCAGCCGAGUUGAUCCAGGAGUAUUAUUUAAAUAAUUUGGUUGUUCCGGUUGUCUGGAAGUACACAUCAAAUUUGGAAAAGGACUUACCAACUCAAAUGUGGAAGAAUCUUUCCUACAAUUUUCGAGAUGUCUGGGGAGCGAGUGCAUUCAAAGGAGCCGACGGAUCAAGCAGAUACUGGAAUCGAAUGAAGCCUUACCUACUCAAUAAUAAAGCAUGGCAUCAGCAAAAUGAAAAAUAUUCCCAACUUUUUGAUAAUUUUGAUUCAAUAAUUAUAACUGGAUGGCAACGAUAUGAUCAUUUCGCAUCGCUUUGUGAGCUCUGGCCGACUUCCAUGGCUUCACUUGCUUUGAAUCUUAUAGUUCUUUCAAAAAAUCACAUUGAUCCUCAAACGGCGGACCUUGCCCUCAGAUCGCUCAACUGCCCUGUAGCAACGACUAUAGAUAACCUUCUGGCUGGAUCUGAUAAAUGUCGUUACCCCGGAUACCGUGUUAGGGACUCAAUUCGAGAUUUUGUGCAGCUCAAAUCGUUCUUUGACAACUCCACAUGGGUCCACAAUAGAGAAAAUGGGUGGCUUCAGCCUUCUCAUAUCCGAAUUACUGCAAGCAAUCCGUAUUACAUUGAUGCGAUCGGCCAAGCCUACGGGAGAACCAUUAAAAAACUUGACAAUAUCAUAAAAGCGCUGCGAACAAGCCUAAAUGAGCUAUUUUUCGACGAUGUCGCCGAUGAAUUCCUAACCGAUGUCAUUAUGCCGUUUUACGAGGAUCUCCAAAGAAGAUUGAAAAGCGUUAAUGAGAUCAAUAAUAGGAAAACAUAUCAACCGCGACCAUGGUUUGGUUCUCGCGCCGGACGCCUCCUUUAA